AUGUUCAUAAACGAUUUUCCAUUCAUGGAGUCCAUGCCGUCCAACAACAAUAAUUUCGUACUCAAGUCCGAGCCGUUUAGUGAAGGCAUUUACAAUGGGAACGUUUGGAUCACAGCAGAAACGGACCUCAACGGCAUGCCGGUGCACCGCGAGCAGACCUAUUUGCAGGCCAUCGACGCGCCGCAAGUACACUCGCCGCCCAUGACCAAUCAAAACCAGGCGUGCUCCAUCUGCGGCGACCGGGCGACUGGAAAACACUACGGAGCGGCGUCCUGUGACGGCUGCAAGGGAUUCUUCCGGCGAUCCGUCCGCAAGAGCCAUUUCUAUUCGUGCAGAUUUUCGAGAAACUGCAUCGUCAACAAGGACAAGCGCAAUCAGUGUCGAUACUGUCGUUUGCGGAAAUGCUUCAAAGCCGGGAUGCGAAAAGAAGCCGUGCAGAACGAACGCGACCGAAUCAACUGCAGACGACCCAGUUACGAGGAGCAACCGUGCGCCAGCGGUUUGUCCGUCACGUCGCUGUUGAACGCCGAAAUCUUGUCCCGCAGCGAAUCCGAUACGGCUGAGGACAAUAACCUAGCGAACAAACACGUGGCGAACAUCGGGGACGUGUGCGAGUCCAUGAAAACCCAAUUGCUCUUCCUGGUCGACUGGGCCAAGCGCAUACCCGCGUUCACAGAACUCCAGCUGAACGACCAGGUUUCAUUGUUGCGGGCUCACGCGGGAGAACACUUACUCUUGGGUUUGGCCAAGAGGUCGUUGAUGCUCAAGGACUUGCUGCUGCUGGGAAACAAUAGCGUAAUAACCCGUCACGUACCCGACAACGGGAUUCCGUCGGACUUGGAUAUAAGCAGAGUUGGUUCGCGCGUAUUGGACGAGCUUGUCAAACCGUUGAACGACGUGCAGAUCGACGACACCGAAUUCGCGUGUCUAAAGGCCAUCGUUUUCUUCGAUCCAAACGCCAAAGGCCUAAACGAAUCGGACCGCAUUAGACGCAUGCGCAAGCAAAUCCACAGAAACCUAGAAGACUACAUCAGUGACAGGCAAUACGAGACGUGCGGCCGGUUUGCCGAACUGUUGCUCACGUUGCCAGCUUUGCAAUCGAUCACUUGGCAAAUGAUCGAACAGAUUCAAUUCGCAAAGUUGUUCGGAAUGGCACACAUCGAACCGCUUUUACAGGAGAUGUUACUCGGAGGAGCUUCAAUCGAUCCUGAUGCAAAUGCCCAUCAAGACAACAAAAACAUCAAUGUCAUCAAUGUGUCAUAA